UUCGAACUCCUGUGCCUCUGGCUACCCUGUCAUUGGCUCGAGCCCCGGCGGCGGCGGCGGCGGCAGCGGCGGAGGAGCAGGAGGAGGUGAAGGAGCAGGAAAAGGAGAUCGAGACCAAGGCCAGAUAUGUCCGAGAGACGAACGCGGUCCGGAGGGGCCGCCCAGCGCUCUGGGCCUGGGAGCCCAUCUCCUAGGUCUCUGCGGAGGACCCAGCGGAAAUCAGGCUCUGAUCUCCCGGGCAUCCUCCCCGAAACCUGGCCGAAGGCACCCCAUGCGGCUCCAGUCAGAAAGCCCAUCGUCUUGAAGAAGAUAGUAGCCCAUACUGUAGAGAUCCCAUCUGACCACACGCCUCGAAGGAGCCCUAGGAUUGCUUUUUUCUUGGAGAAGGAAAACAACCCUCCUGGCAAGGAGCCUCCUGGGGAAGACCUCUUCCAGACCUGUAGUAUCCCUGUCCCUCCUACCCCCACUCCUGUGCUGGGCACCCUCAAUGUUGAGUCCAACACCAGGGAGGGAGACCUGGACGCCAGAGACGUGGAAAUGUCCAAGAAAGUCAGGCGGUCCUACAGUCGACUGGAGACCCUGGGCUCUGCUUCCACCUCCACCCCAGGUCGCCAGUCCUGCUUUGGCUCUGAGGGGCUGCUGGGGGCAGGGGACUUGGCUGGAGUCUCGCCUGUGAUGUGUUCAAAGUUACCUGAGGCCCCCAAGGUCCCUGAGAAGACCUGGGCCCCAGACACGACUCUCCCUGGAAUCUCCCCCCCAGUCGUGAAAGAGAAACGAAAGAAGAAGAAGGUGCCGGAGAUCCUGAAAUCAGAGCUGGAUCAGUGGGCUGCGGCCAUGAAUGCAGAGUUCGAAGCUGCUGAGCAGUUUGAUCUCCUGGUUGAAUGAGAUGCAUUGGGGUACACCCGGCCAGGCUCUUCCCUGUCCCCUGUACAUAGCGUAUUCUACCUGUGGAGAAGACACUUGGGGUCCCUCCCCUGGCCUCAUUACCUGUGCAUGUCCUGUUGCCACACGUGCGGCCUGUCCUUUGAUGGCCUGUGUCAUAGCAGCAGCCACCUCACCUCAGGAGAGGGGUCCCACCUGGCCGGGCCACACGAUGGUGUCCUGUCUGUAGUCAGUGACCCAUCAUCUUGUCCUCCCUGCCUCCCAGAGGAUCGCAGCCAGAGGAGGUUAAAGGGCUGGCUGAGGGUGCCACGGGCCAUGGCUGGCUGCUGGCUGUCCCCGCUGUGUUGCCUUCUUUUGGCUUGGUUCCCAGUCACAAACCCAUCUACCUAAACAGGCUUGGGUUUCCUCUUAGAUCCUGUGCAUGGUCCAGGUGAGAACUGGUAGAUUUGGGACAGUACUCUCUGUGAGGAAGAAGCUGGACACUCCGCCUCUGGAGUCUUACGUUUUGAAGGAGGGUACGAGGCCUUGGUUGGGUCUCAGACCAUUAGUGUGUGCUACGUAGAAUUCUGCUUUAUAGUUCUGUGUUCUGAUGUUGAGAGGUUUGGUUAAUACCAGGCUGACCGCAGUGGCUGCUUGGGACAAAGAGGGUGCAUUUCCAGGUGUGGCCGCUAGGUGCCCAGAUUCCAGGCACCAUUGAACCUGAGUCUUGGGGCAUCGACUGUACACCUUGCCCAGAGCUGGGAAGGGUCCUCUAGUAGGAGGCAACCCCUCUUACACUCACACCCAUUUCCUAGAAAAUAAAGUGCACAGGGUCUUCUCUGCUCUAGAAGAAAAACAGGAAUUGUCCUAGUUCCAGGAAGCUUUUCUCACUUGCCAGGAAGGGGCAGGGUCGGGAGCGGUUUUGCCUUUUAGCUCCCUUAGUGUGCUCCUGUGAGGGAGCUGCUGGGAGUCGGCCUGGGCAGAGGGGAUGUCAUCCCAUUGUCUCCAGGGAACCCUCCUCCCCAGCCUGCUGCUCUUUUCUCACUGCUGGUAAAAGGGGUGCUUUCACGACUCCUGCCAUACCUUAGGCUGUUGCACCUUUUCACAUUUACAAGUUCGGGGAAGUAGAGGCUGAGAGGAGCAUGGGGGUGCCAGUGGAUAGCAGAGCACCAGGGAAGAGGGCUGCUUCCUUGGUUGGGGUCUUCAUGAAACCCUUUGCAAGGCCUGGGAAUCCCAGGCUACCUCUUUGAUGCUUCGUGCACUGGCAGAUCCUGCAAGCAAACCCCCUUGCCAGGGCGGCCCAGACACCUCUGCACUGGACUUCACCUGCACCAUUCUUGUCUUUACUGGCUGGUGGGAAGUGUCUUAGUUCUGCAGAGUCAGGAGUAACUAGAUGAUAUUGAGUUGAUGUCACUGCAAACUUCUCUCUGUCCCUGAAAAACUAAGAAUGUGGAAUUUAAGGGAAAAUUGGGGGUUCUUUUUCAAAUUAAAAUUUUUUUUGAUUAUA